UUGGCCGCAACAAUAUUGGUUUUCAUGGCUUUGGAAAAAGAAAGAGAUCAGUUUUGUGUUCGCUUCACCGACAAGACCUACGCUACUUGGGAAUUUCAACUCAAGAUGUAUGUCAAAGAGAAAGGAUUAUGGAGUCACUUGAAUGGGGUUUCUAAGGCACCGACUGAGACGGUUGCUUUAGACGCGUGGGAAAUUAGCUUUAGACGCGUGGGAAAUUAAGAUUCUCAAUACUAUUGAUUCUCAAAUAAUCAAUAAUUUGCGCUUUUUCUCAACUGCCCAAGAAAUGUGGAAUUAUUUGAAGCAUAUUUACAACCAGGACAAUACAGCCAAACCUUUUCAGUUGGAGCUAGAGAUAGCCAACUACAAAUAGGGUAAUUUGUCUGUUUAGAAAUACUAUUCUGAUUUUUUAAAUUUGUGGACAGAACACUCUGCCAUUAUACAUACUGCUGUUCCCAAGACUUCUCUCGCGGAUGUCUAAGCUGUCUACAAUACCAGUAGGAGGGAUCAAUUUCUCAUGAAGCUUCUCCCGGAAUUUGAGGUUGUUAGAUGUGCUUUACUGAAUAGGAGUCUUGUUCCCUCUUUGAAUACAUGUGUUGGUGAGCUUCUAAGGGAGGAGCAACGUCUCCUUACUCAAGGAACCAUGUCUCAUGAAGUUGUUGUUUCUGAACCUGUGAAGGUUGCAUAUGCUGCACAGAGUAGAGGUAAAAGUCGUGAUAUGCGACAGGUCCAAUGCUUCUCAUGCAACCAAUUUGAACAUGUUGCUCGUAGUUGCAGUAAGAAGUUUUGUAAUUACUGCAAACAACAAGGUCAUCUCAUCUCUGAUUGUCCCACACGUCCCCCACGACCCACACAACGUUCGGUGCAGGCAUUCCAUGCCACGACAAGACCUGUAGUUGGUCCUUCUUCCAGUGGUGCAUCUGAGGACGGUACUAUUCAGCCUGAAAUGAUUCAACAAAUGGUACUUUCUGCACUUUCAUCCUUGGACAUUCAGGGUAAGUCUUCUGAUGUUUCUCAUCCAUGGUUUCUUGAUUCUGGUGCAUCAAAUCACAUGACAGGUUCGUCUGCGUAUUUGCACAAUUUACAGUCUUAUCACGGCAAUCAACAAAUUCAAAUUGCUGAUGGUAAUACCCUCCUCAUUACGAAUGUUGGUGACAUCAACUCUAAUUUUCGGAAUAUGCUUGUAUCACCCGACCUUGCUUCCAAUUUAUUGUCUGUUGGUCAAUUGAUGGAUAACAAUUGUAACGUUAAUUUCUCUCGGUCUGGUUGUCUUGUGCUUGUAUCCCACUCCAGUUUGUUUCCAAUCAUUUAUCUCUUACUUGCAAUAAUGUUUUAAGUUGUCAUGAGGAUUGGCAUAGAAAAUUGGGUCAUCCAAACUCUGUUGUUUUGUCUCAUUUAUUUAAAACUGGUUUGUUGGAAAAUAAACAUGUUGUUUCUACUAUAUCUGGUUCAUGUUCUGUUUGCAAAUUAGCUAAAAGUAAAACACUUCAUUUUCCCUUUGGUGUUCAUUGUGCCUCCACUUGUUUUGAGAUGAUUCAUAGUGAUGUGGGGUAUGUCUCCUAUCGCUUCUCAUGCUCACUAUAAAUAUUUUGUCGCAUUUAUUGAUGAUUAUAGUCGUUUUACUUGGAUAUAUUUUCUCCGAUCUAAAUCUGAAGUGUUUUCUAUGUUUAAGAAAUUCUUAACAUAUGUUGAAAAUCAGUUUCAAACAACUAUCAAAAAUUUUCGCUCUGACUCUGGUAGUGAAUAUAUGUCUCACGAGUUUCAGAAAUACCUUCAACAGAAAGUCAUUUUGUCUCAACGUUCUUGUCCCAAUACCCCCCAACAAAAUAGGAUGGCAUAACGUAAAAAAUCGUCAUUUGCUUGAUGUGAUGCGCACCUUACUUCUCCAAGCUUCUGUACCCACUAGGUUUUGGGUAGAGGCUCUAUCCACAACAAUUUUUUUUGGCAAUCGUCUUCCUUCUACAGUUAGUGAUUUAGUGAUCUUGACUCUCCUUUCUUUUGUAUUUUUAAAACUCACUCUGAUUAUAGUGCUUUACAUACUUUUGGAUGUGUAUGUUUUGUUCACCUACCUCCGUUUGAAAGGCAUAAGCUUGGAGCACAAUUUGUUCAAUGUGCAUUUAUGGGGUAUAGUCACUCUCAUAAGAGUUUUGUGUGUUAUGAUGUUUCUAACCAUCGUUUCCGCAUUUCUAGGAAUGUGACAUUUUUUUAUAAUCAAUUUAUGUUUUCUUUCCUUACUCCUUCCAUGAAUGAUUUUGCUAUGCUUCCAAACUUUGCUAUUAUGCAUCAAUCUAUAGAAUGUUUUAAACCAGACAAUGUAUAUGUUAGAAAACACAAACAGCAGGUUCCCAUCCCUUUUCCCAACACUGAUCCGCCACUUGAUCUUGUAGCCGCUGCACCACGACGUUCUAGUAGAGCACCUCGAGCACCUGAUAGAUAUUCACCAGACAGGUAUAAUUCCUCACAUACUUCUCUAUCUGCCUCUCUCUCUAGCAUUUCUAUUCCUACUUGAUAUUCAUAGACUGUUAAAGAUGUGCGAUGGAUAAAAGGAAUGAAUGAGGAACUUCAAGCUCUCCAAGACAAUUUCACAUGAGAUAUUGUCUCUUGUCCUCCUCAUAUCAAACCCAUAGACUGCAAAUGAAUGUAUUCUAUGAAAAUGAAUUCUGAUGGUUCUCUCAACCGUUACAAGGCUCGAUUGGUUGCCUUAGGAAACAAGCAGGAAUAUGGCAUUGAUUAUGACGAGACAUUUGCACCCGUUGCCAAAAUGACAAAUGUUCGAACUGUGCUCUCUAUAGCUGCUUCUGAUGGGUGGACUCUUCAUCAGAUGGAUGUGAAGAAUGCAUUUCUUCAUGGUGAUCUGACUAAAGAUAUUUAUAUGACUCCUCUCCUCAGGACUUAUUCUCUUCAUCCAAGGGUGUGUGCAAACUCAAAUGCUCCUUGUAUGGUUUGAAACAGGCUCCCAGAGCAUAGUAUAAGAAGUUUCGUGCUACUUUACUUGGGUUUUCUUUUACUCAAAGCCAAUAUGACUCCUCUUUGUUCAUUCACCGCACCUCUACAGGCAUUGUUCUUCUUCUUCUUUAUGUUGAUGAUAUGGUUAUUACUGGUUCUGAUCUGACAUCCAUAUAGGAACUUAAACAACAAUUGUGAGCCUCAUUCCAUAUGAAAGACCUUGGUAAUUUGCAUUAUUUUCUUGGCCUUGAGGUUCAUUACACCUCUAAGGGUAUAUUUAUCCAUCAACAUAAGUAUGCCAUAGACUUGAUUUCUAUGGCUGGCCUCCAAUCAGCUAACCCGAUGGAUACUCCUCUUGAAGUUAAUGUUAAAUACCAUCGUGAUGAGGGCGACCUUUUGAUCGAUCCUCUAUUGUAUCGGCAGCUCGUGGGUAGUCUUAAUUACUUGAUCAUUACUCGACCUGACAUAUCGUUUGUUGUCCAACAGGUAAGUCAUUUCAUGCACUCUCCUCGUCAUCUUCACUUAGCAGCUGUCCAUCGUAUAAUUUGCUACUUGAAAGGUACCUCUCACCGGGGUUUGUUCUUUCCUAUUGGGACACCUCCUACAUUGAUUGCUUACAGUGAUGCUGAUUGGGCCGGGUGUCUUGACACUCGGCGCUCUAUCACCGGUUGGUGCAUGUUUCUUGGUUCUUCGUUGAUUUCAUGGAAAAGUAAGAAGCAAUCAAGAGUCUCUAAAUCCUCUACUGAAUCUGAGUAUCGUGCCAUGUCUACUGCUUGUUCUGAAAUAAUUUGGCUUCCUGGUCUUUUGUCUGAACUUGGAUUUCCUCAAACAGAGCCAACAUCUCUCUAUGCUGACAAUACAAGUGUCAUUCAAAUUGUUGCCAAUCCUGUUUUUCAUGAGCGCACAAAGCACAUUGAAGUAGAUUGUCAUUCUAUUAAGGAGGCCUAUGAUAAUCAUGUUAUUUCACUUCCUCAUGUCAACACUCAAUUGCAGAUUGCAGAUAUUCUUACUAAAGCUGGUCCACGUCCGCGCCAUCAGUUUCUUGUUAAUAAAUUGAUGCUACUUGACCAACCUGACCAACCGCAUCAAUUUGAGGGGAUGUGAAUCAGGAAUUGAUUAAUCUCAUUAAUUAUAUUUAUCAAUUUGUCCCUAGAAUAAGUUACACAAAUCAGAAAUUGAUUUGUUCUCAUUAAUUGUAAUUAUUUGUUGUAAUUACCUGUAUAGACUAUAAUAUCUAUUUAUACGAGGAAUACAAUAAGAAAGGCAUCGAGCCAUUUUUACUGACUUUUCAUUGUGAUCAGCUAGAAGCAUUUGUGCCAAAUUCUUUAAACUACACAGGAAAUGCCCUAGUUGCUCCACAAGCCCUACUGUCAAUUGAAAAGGUUGUCCCAAACAUAAGGCAGCUUAUUCUGAACGGCAGGGAUGUCAGUAUGUUAUGCAAUGGUCAACUUAAUCACACACCUAUCUACACAGUAAAAGCUCUUCGCCUGCGAUGUUUUCACGAUGAGUCCGACAAAUUCCAUCAGGUUUCCUCCAUAGAUUUAUUAAUCUUGAAAAUCUCAUGGUGACUUGCAGUUCCUUCACAGAGAUUGUCUCAGGUGGCAGCUUUGACACUGGUCAUUCUGAAACAACAAUGAAGUUGAGAAGUCUAGUACUUGUUGAAUUACAUAACCUCGAGUUUAUAUGUGUAGCCCAUUCUGAGAUGCAGUUCUUUGUUCAAAAUCUUAGCGUAUUUAAAUGUCCCAGACUGAGGAAUAUAGUUUCAUCCUUGGUGAGGUUUGAGAAUUGAGAGCAUUUGAGGGUGGCCUAUUGUGUUGGAUUGGAGAAUAUUA